AUGAUCAUCCCGGCGGCAUCCUGGCUGACUCGGCUGGUGAUCGAUUCCUGCCAUCGACGAACACUGCACGGGGGUGUGCAGCUGACACUCGGCCUGCUCCGCCUGCGCUUUGGGUGCCUCGAGGAAGAACCGCCGUCAAGCAGCAGCUACAUCGAUGCGUUACCUGCACUCGAUGGCGUGCUGCCACGCCACAGCCUCAGAUGGGUAAACCUUCCUCGGGACCGAGUAACGCCAACCCGACCGUUCCUCAGCACCGGCGUGGAUUACGCAGGACCCAUCCUCCUUCGGACCAGCAAGGGACGUGGACACCGUGCGCAUAAAGGGUACAUCGCAGUCUUCAUCUGUUUCUGGUCGAAGGCCACUCACUUGGAGGUCGUCUCCGACUACACCUCCGAGGCUUUCAUCGCCGCUCUGCACCGCUUCGUCUCCCGCAGGGGCCUCUGUGCUGAGAUCUACAGCGACUGCGCGACAGCCGAAGGUCAUCGUAUCGUCCUUGCCGCCACCGCUCAAGGAAUCCGCUGGCACUUCAACCCGCCAGCGGCCCCGCACUUUGGUGGUCUUUGGGAGGCUGCAGUGAAGUCGACCAAGUUCCACCUCCGUCGGGUGAUCGGCGAGACCACCCUCACGUUCGAGGAGCUGAGCACACUCCUCGCCAGAUCGAAGCUUGUCUUAAUUCUCGUCCAUUGCAGGCACUCUCAGAUGACCCAGAGGACGUUCUGCGUUGACCCCGGUCACUUCCUCGUCGGGGCGCCGCUACUUGCUGUGCCGGAACCGUCAUUGACAGGGCAGACGGUACCCACUUGUCACGCUGGCGUCAUUUGCAGCAGAUGA